UUUUUUUUAUUCCAAAACUACCCAUCGGUAAAUGAUUUGCCGAUGUCAAAAUAACAAUCGGUAAAUGAUUUACCGUUAUUGUUCCUCAGUAUGAACACCUUUAUCCCAUUACCCAGAACACGAAGAACAAUAUCGGUUAAUCAUUAACCGAUUCUUAUAUUGAUAUCGGUAUAUCAUUUACCGAUUGGUAAUCUGGCAGUUUGAUCACCUUUUCACCAUUACUCCUCCCUCCACCAACCCCUCCACCAUUACUCCUCCCUCCAACAACCCCCCACCAGCCCCCCAUAACUCGCCCAAACUACCUUAUUCUACCAUUACUCCACUCCUCCCUCACAUUUCACCUUCCCACCACCACCACCAUCUCCACAUUUCCACCACCACCACCACCAACACCACCACCACCAAGGGAAAGCUUUUAACUUCUGGUAAGUGGUGUUAGCUUUGGUACUUUAUUUAUAGUUAGUUUAAGUAGUUAGUUGUUAGUUUAAGUAGUUAGUUUAGUUAGUUAAGUUGGUAAUUUAGGCUGCUGAAUCGUGAAUCGAAUCGGUAAAUGAAUUGCCGUUAAUGUAUCGGAUUAUGAUUUACCGUUAUUAUACCGGAAUUUGAUUUACCGUUAUAGGGUCGGUUAUUGAUUUACCGUUUUUGUUCCAGGGAUGACAGAGUCCUUUUUCUUUGGUGAAUCACAAUUGAUACAUGCUGCUGGAUUGGAAAAUGAUAAUCCAGAGGAGCAACCAUCACUAGCUGAACCUCCGAUUAUAUCUAUAGAUGUCUCUCAUUUGUAUCAUACUGAUCAUGUACUCAUUGCACAAAUUUUUGCAUGCUUUGUUUGCUUUGUUUAUGCCUUGUUUUAUGCCUUAUGCCUUGUUUAUCCUGAAACAGCGUUUCCCUUUGAAAGAUGAUCUUAUGAAAUGGGUUCGCGACAUUUCUAUGGCAAAUAAUUUUGUUUUGGUGACAACAAAGUCUGAUAGUGGUGCGAAGGGAAGAAAAGAAUAUGUCAUUCUGGGGUGUGAGAAGCAUGGUGCGUAUAUUCCCUACAGAGAACCGGAUCUUGUUGAAGGAACGUCAACACAAAAGACAGGUUGUCCUUUUAGGCUAAAAGGACGACGUACGAAAGAUGAUAAAGGUUGGUGGUUGAAGGUGAUGGACGGUAGACACAUCCAUCUCGCAGCUGAGUCACUAGUUGGCCACAAUUACGCUGGUAGACUGAAUAGUGAGGCGAAGGAGGACGUGAUAAAUCAGGCUAAGACUUGGGUUCCACCUAGAAAGAUGUUGGCGUCCUUGAAGGAAAAAGAUCCUUCAAACUUGACUACCAUCCAACAAAUUUAUGGUGUUUGCAAGCGGUUCAGACAAUCCGUUCGUGGGUCACUGACAGAGAUACAAUACUUGCUGAAGAAGUUGGACGGUGAGAAGUAUGUUCACUUCGAACGAAAUGAACCCGGAUCGGAAGUUAUUAGAGAUAUAUUUUGGGCUCAUCCGAAUGCCGUCAAACUUUUCAACACAUUCCCAUAUGUAGUGAUCAUGGAUUGCACAUACAAGACCAGCAAAUACAAACUACCCUUGCUCGAGAUUGUUGGCCUGACCUCCACGGAUAAAACAUACUCAAUAGCAUUCUAUUACAUUGGCAGUGAGACCACAGAGGACUACAUUUGGGCAUUGGAGUGUAUGAAGUCUCUGAUUUCCGACCAAUCCAGGUUGCCUAGAGUGAUUGUGACGGACAGAGAUCUUGCUUUAUUGAGUGCUGCUUCACAAAGCCUUCCCACCACCACCCAUUUACUAUGCUUGUGGCACAUCAACAAGUGUGUUUUGGCAAAGUGCAAAGAGUAUGUUGGCACGGAUGAUUUUGCUCAAGAGGUUAUGGACAAGUGGGCCGAAUUGGUAGAUGCUCCAACAGUUCCAGAAUUUGAAGCUCAUUGGAUUGAAUUGUUUAACAUGUGCAAGCAUAAACACAAGUUGAAAUUUGCCACUUAUUGUUCUACUACAUGGUUGGUCCACAAGCAGAAAUUUGCCAAGGCAUGGACAAAUCAUGUGAUGCAUUUUGGAACAACAACAAGUAACAGGGCUGAAGGUGCACAUGCCAGCUUGAAGUUGAUGUUGCGGAACAGUAAGGGUGACCCGGCCACAUCAUGGGAUGCGUCGCAUAGUUUGACCACCAAUCGCCACACUGAGAUAGUAGCAUCGUUUGAGCGCAGUAUGAAUAAAAUUGAUCACCUUUUCAAGACCCCUUUCUACACAAAUAUUAGGGGAUUUGUGUCAAUCAAAUGCCUGAAACUCAUUGAUGCUGAACUGACAAGAAUGCGAGCCUGCGGCGGCAGAUGCGAUUGCUUAUUGAGAGAGACUCAUGGACUACCUUGCGGUUGUCAACUUGCAGAUUAUGAGAGGAUUCCGUACGAGGCCAUUCAUCCAUUCUGGAAGAGCCUAAGUUGGGAGCAUGUACCUGUUGCAGAUACUGGCAGCUCAGAUAUUUGCGGACUAAACCAUGGAGAGAUGCACCCAGAAGUUGAGGCACUGACACGUUAUUUCCAUUCUUUGGAUACUGGAGGGCAGAGUAUGGUAAGGAGGAAGCUUCAAGCGAUAUAUUGUCCUGAAAGGAGUACACUAUGUACUCCUGAGCUUCGGAUAAAGUCCAACCGCACUCCUAAGUUGAAAGAGAGCAAACAACCCAAGGGUCGAGCAAUAGGAUCCUUGACUCGUGAUCCUUCAGCGUUUGAACUUACAGACAAGAAGAUUAAAAAGGAAAAGAAAUCCAUUGCUGCAUUAAUGGGGCAUUCCGCCGGUCAGGACGGUUGGCCUUAG